AUGGCACUGAAUUACAUUCGACAAAUAGCAAGAACUUCGUACUCUAUUGGGAAUAUAUCGAAAAAUGUCCAGAGAACGAUAAGUACCAGUAAACCCUUAAAAAUAGGUAUGAUACCUAUAGUUGUAGAGCAAACAGGUAGAGGUGAGCGGGCUUAUGACAUUUACUCGCGACUUCUUCGGGAGCGCAUCAUUUGUCUUAUGGGACCUGUAAACGAUGAGAUAAGCUCACUAAUCGUGGCGCAGUUGUUAUUCCUUCAGUCAGAAUCAAGUAAAAAGCCCGUACAUUUGUAUAUCAACUCUCCCGGAGGUAAUGUUACGGCUGGAUUAGGUAUUUACGACACGAUGCAAUACAUCACUCCUCCAGUAGCUACAUGGUGUGUGGGACAAGCCUGCAGCAUGGCAUCACUACUUCUGGCAGCUGGAGCUCCGGGCAUGAGACAUGCACUUCCAAACUCCCGCAUCAUGAUCCAUCAGCCCUCUGGAGGUGUGAGAGGUCAAGCCACAGAUAUACAGAUCCAAGCAGAGGAGAUUUUGAAGCUCAAGGCACAGAUUAAUACUCUGUAUGUCAGACAUACUGGUCUACCUAUAGAGAAAGUGCAGUCUUCAAUGGAGCGGGAUUACUUCAUGUCUCCUUCUGAGGCGAAGGGCUUUGGUCUUAUUGACAAUGUUUUGGAGCACCCCCCCUCGCAUGCCAUGGAGCAGCAGUGUGCCACAGGAGCUGCUGUGACUAAAGGAGUAGUCUCACCUCUGAACCCUGCCACUGCUUGA